UACACCAAUAUCAAUGGCAUUUCCAAUUGAGCACAUCUCUAUAUAUAUUACUACUUCAGCAGUCAUACAUUCUCCUCCAACAAAUCUCAAAAAAGUCCAUUGCUCUUCAAUUGCAAGUUUGCAACAACAGCCACCAUGGCUAUGGCUUUCAAAAUGGCGACGACAGGGAUGUGGGUGACGGAAGAGUGCAAGAACUCGUUCAUGGAGAUGAAAUGGAAGAAGGUGCACAGGUACAUCGUGUUCAAGAUUGAUGAAGGGUCAAGAUUGGUGACCGUCGAUAAGGUGGGCGGGCCCGGAGAAGGCUACGACGAUCUAGCCGCCUCUCUUCCCAAGGACGAUUGCCGAUACGCCGUCUUUGAUUUCGAUUUUGUCACCGUGGACAAGUGCCGGAAAUCCAAGAUCUUCUUCAUCGCAUGGUCUCCAACAGCAUCAAGAAUAAGAGCAAAAAUGUUAUACGCAACAUCAAAAGAUGGAUUGAGGAGGGCCUUAGAUGGCAUCCACUAUGAAGUCCAGGCAACCGACCCUACUGAGAUGGGGAUUGAUGUCAUCCAGGAGAGAGCCAACUAGCUUUGAAGAUUUUUGCCUUUGUGGAUUUGGCUCUCUCUUAUUUUACCCUCACAAAACUUGGAUUAGUGGGUGCUUUUUCUUCUUGUUGCCUUUCCCCCCCUAGUUUUGUCUGACUUUUGGCACUAAUGUAACCUAAUCUUCCAAUUUUGCUGUAAUACUAUACUAUGAUCAUGCGAGUAA